AUUCUCUGACAAUGCGCAUGUGCACCAGCUUCAGGGGCGUGACUACCCCUCCACUCCUUCGAUGUUUUGGAAACCGUGUUCUAGUGGUGAACAGCGUGCAGCAGCGAUGUCAAUAACAGCGACAACAUAAUAAACUAUGAUCACCACAGAAGCUGCAAAAGAUUUCCACACCAAGCACCGCAAGUACAAGGAACAGCUGAAGAGAUGUCUAUCAUCAGCUUUGUCUGCAGAUCUCAGCAGGUUACUGCAGGAGGAGCUGGAAGCCGACGUUUCUCUGUGUGCUGGCUCAGGUUUUCUCCGAGCACACAGAUCCGUACUAUUGGCCCGAGCUCCUCAUCUCCUUCAGGGACAGUUGCACAAAGAUCCCACCACCAUCCAUGUGCCUGGUUAUGAGCUGUCUGGGUUGAAGGAUUUGCUCAGGCGGGUGUACACAGCGGAGCAGAGCCUGCGUUCGGGUGUAAUAAUCUCAGGCGUGGAGGGGUCUGUGCCAGAGAGUGCUCUGACUGUUCCCGACCCAGCAGACCUUCCUAGCUGCACUGACUCAGGUGCUGUCGUUCUUGAGCCAGCGUCAGGGCUCGGAGCUGACUUGCUGGAUCUGUACCAAAGAGGAGAGCAGUGUGACAUCACCAUCCAAGUAGGAGAGCAAGUCUUCUCCUGCCACAGGGCAGUCUUGUGUGCACGAUCUGAGUACUUCAGAGCCAUGCUGAGCGGUAGUUGGAUGGAGAGCUCCAGACAGUGCAUCACUCUACAAGGCCCUUCCAGCUUAGGACCAGAUGAGAUGGACAUCUUGCUCCAGUUCAUGUAUGGGGCCAUUUUAGAUCUACCCCCUGGAGCCAAUGCUAGCCAGGUGGUGCUGGCAGCAGACAUGUUGGGUAUGGAGGGACUGAAAGAUGUGGUGGAGCUGGUUCUGACCAGAGACUACUGUCGCUUCUUCCCUAAGCCAUUUGAUGGAGUUCAGAGAACAGUUCUUGAGUGCCUCUCACUUACACAUGCCUUAGGCCUUCAGAACCUUCACUUGCUGUGUAAGAGGUGGGUUGCUGAACAUUAUGUGAAAACCUGGUGUGAGAGAAACUUUUCCCUCCUGCGUCCCGAGCUCCAAAGAGCCUGUUUUACCGCUGUAACGGACAACAUGACUGUGCAGAACGCAGUGACGAUGCUCUGUGGCACUGAGCAGUUGAUCGGGAGUCUCCCGGAAGUCAAGUGGGCACAACAGGUGAAGAGUCUUGCCACAGAGUUACAGGAGGAGUGCCUGCAUGUCAUUGUCCAGCACCUAUCUAAAGUCACCCGCACCCAGGCCUUUACGGACCUUCGCAGGAGAGAAGAGUUCACCCGAGAACCCACAUUGUUGAGGAAGCUGUGUUCAGCCAUAAGGGAAGGUGUGACCGUGGACAACUGCUGUGAACUUUUCACUGCUGUGAAUUAUCUGUGUGGAGAUGACAUGAAGGACAACACUCACCUUGAGGAAGGGCAAAAACAGGAGGAGCCAUUCAGGCACGAAAUCUGUACACUACGCUGUCGGCUGUGGACCUUCCUGCUUCAGACCUUUUACGCGGUCCGCCACACAGAGGGGUGGGAGACGCUCUCACCCAAACACAGAGAGAAGAUCCUCGCAGAUGCUAUUGAUAAAGGUGACAAUAGAAGACUUGGUAAAAAGCCAGUAUUCACUAGCUCCCAGCAAACGACUGUAAAAUGCCCUUCACCUGCACCUGAGCGUCCUCUAGUACAAAGGACCCAGAGGGUGUUUGAACACACGAGCUCCUCCACUCGUAGGGUUGCAUCAGCCAUGAAGUCUGAUGGACUGGGAACAGCUAACAAACCAGGAGAUGGUCAUCCACCCAAGCCAAAGAACGCAAGAAAGCUGGGAGAUCGGAGUGCUACGGCAAAAGGAAAGGCAGCUGAUUCACCGGUUGUCAAUGGCACAGGAGCUACUGGAAUCAGGCGGGAUGCAGCUAGUGCCAAUGGCCUCGGCAGCGCCACUGGGGCUAAAGAGCAAGACAAAAAGCCAAACCCAGGUGCAAGGCCUAAAACCUCUCCCUCGAGCUGUACAAAGGCUCCAAAAAGCUCAGCAGGAAAAGCUAAUAGCACAACCCAAGCUCAGCCCAGUGCAUCCACAUCAGGCAGCGCCUCGCCAGAGAACAGUGCCAGCAGCCCUCGCAAUGACACCCACACCGUUCCAGGAGUAAAGCCUAAAUUCCAGGCCAAGGCAGUGAACAAGUCCCCACUGACAAAACCUCCUCAGAAACCAGACACAACAAAGACCAGCAGCCCCACCAAUAAGUCCAGCGUGAGAGAAAGUGGCAAAAUCAAGACAGGUGCAGUGGAUAAAGUGCCUACUGGAGUGAAACCUGCAUUAGCUGAAAGCAAGGGCAGAGGCACACCAGACAGCCCCGUUUCCAAACAUGGGUCAUCUGGAAAAAAGCCAGCUUCCCCCAGAAAAGAGGACAGCAAGGAUGGUCUAAGAACCUCAGCACCAAACAAAACAGGCAAUGAAGUUUCCAAAAAGAUCACCAAACCUGUUUCAGCAAGUGCCACUUCAACUAAAUCCACUGCUAAACUGACAAAAGCUUCUUUAGCUCCUUCUAAGCAGUCCUCAGUAGUAACUGCCAAGACUGGACCAAAGCCAAAAAGUUCUUCUGAGUUAUCUGCAGAGAAAUCCAUACCAAAAUCUGGGGCAACCUGUAAAACAUCAGCUGCAGCUGCCUCCAAGAGGUCAGGAACUAAAGGAAAAGAGGUAGUGAAUGAUAAAAUUUCAGAGAGUAAAGCGGAGCUCGUUACAACUGAAAACAAGGAAGUGGUGAAAGGGCAAAAAGAUAAUACAGAGGUGGUGGUCACUGACCAGGCUUUAACAAAGGAUUUAGGUGGGUUUCAGACAGAAUCAGUCUCUAAGCAGAGUCUCCAGAAAAUUGAAACACUUUCAGAAAACACACCGUGUAACAGUGUCGCACCAGCAGCUGACCACAACCGUCACACUGAAGGGAGUCAGUCAAAACACUCUCCAAGUGGAGUAAUCUCUGCUUAUACCACUGCUCACCAGAUCAGCGCAACAAAUUCCCAGAGAGACCCCGAACGCCCCGUUGACACGCCCUGCAGCAUGGGAAGCACUGACACGCCCAUAGAGGACUCGUGGAGCAGCAUCCACCACCAGAUCAGCCCAGAGUCGGAGACGGGCAGCACACACACCACUUCCUCUGAUGACAUCAAGCCCCGCUCAGAGGACUACGACGCCGGAGGCUCUCAGGACGACGACGGCUCUAACGACCGAGGUGUUUCCAAGUGCGGCACUAUGCGCUGUCAUGACUUCCUAGGUCGUAGUAGUAGUGAUACAAGCACCCCAGAAGAGUUAAAGAUGUACGAAGGUGGGGCUGGUUUGAGAGUGGAGGUGCGGCUGCGCGGGAGAGAAGCAGAGACCACCAGCGAAGAAGAGGGACAACGGCGACGUCCUCGCUCUUGGUUGCAAAAAAAUGAGCUCCCUGUCGAGGAGGACCACUCGGAAGUUGAGGCCACAGUUACUGUAAAAAGCAUCCCUGACCACCAGCUCUUCUCCUCAGAGGAGGAAGAUGAUGACGAAGAUGAGACAGAGGAUGAAAAGUCAGAGGUUGAGGUUAUUCCAAGCCAUGCUCCACCACCACCAACUGAGCCCUCACCUCAUUUCCAGGGGAUUGUCAACCUAGCUUUUGAUGACGAUGGCGUGGACCAAGAGAAUGAGCAGCCUGAUUACCAGUCGACUUCUAACUUCCGUCGCUCAGUGUUGCUCUCUGUGGACGAGUGCGAGGAGUUGGGCUCAGAGGAGGGUAGCGUUCAGACCCCACCUCAGCAUCCCAGCAAUCCCGUCAUCACUCCUUGCGAUGUGUUUGAGGCAGACUCUACAGCUCCUCGUGCCAGCUGUUACCCUUCCAGUGAACAUCUGAACCACCUGCCGUGCCAUCCUAAAAUGACAAGUACGAAGCACAACUUAAACGCUGAGGAACAAGAAGAUAAAUCCUCCAUAUUCCUUACUGAGCUCCAGGAUCCCAUGCAGGAAGAGAGUAAUCACAUCCAGGCCGAUGGAGGCAAGUCCAACAUUCCUUCUCCUGAGCCCGACACUAGAGACCUGCCCCACCAGGAGCGCCCGUGCCACCUUGAUCUGCGGCACACUGAGCAAUACAACGGAGGGUCGCGCAAACAUCACACCAAUCCCUCUGAAAACAAGAAGGCUGAUUUACAUCUAGACUUAAAUGAGCCUCAGCUGACAGGGAACUCUCCUGUACAUGCUGCACAAUCUCCAGCAGGGGACAAUGGUUGUGACAGAUUGGAUCAAACCUGCAAACAUGAUCGACGACCAUCCAAAGCCCUCUCUCCCAUUUACGAGACGGAUGUUGGAGAAGCCUUUGAGCACUGCUUGGACAAGGACAGGAAUGUUAAACGACAGGCAGAGGAGGACAAACAAUUAAAGGAGGAUGACAAAAGCAGUGAGUUUGCAGAGCGGGACUGGAGCCUGCUCAGGCAGCUCCUCUCAGAUCAUGAGUCCAAUCUGGGAGUCAUAAACCCUGUGCCUGAGGAGCUCAACUUGGCUCAGUACCUUAUCAAGCAGACAAUCUCCUUGUCACGUGACUGCCUGGACUCGCAGGCCUUCCUGUCCCCAGAGAAAGAGACCUUCAAGCGUUGGGCAGAACUAAUCUCGCCCAUGGAGGACUCCUCCACCAGCAUCACUGUGACAAGCUUCUCCCCCGAAGAUGCUGCAUCUCCACAGGGGGAGUGGACCAUUGUGGAGCUGGAAACUCAUCAUUGAUUGCACAGGAGUGUCCCUUGAACAAUUGAUGCCAUCUCUUUUAAUACCGUUACAUCAACUUAGUCUUAAAUUUAUAAUUUAAAGUUUGUACCUGUCUCUUUUUCUGGACUCUGGCACCUUGGACUGUGCAGCUGCUUAUUUGCAUUCCCCAUAAUGCCCUUGGUGGAUUGUUUAUUACUGGGCUGUUAAUGCAUGUUGUUAUUUUUGUAUGUUUGAUUGUUGUUGCUUUAAAAGCUUUAGAAAAAUAUUAGAGAAAAAAUAGUUGCGCUAAAUUUCUUAAAGGAAAUAUAUAAUUAGCCUACUGGCUUGCAUUUGGUGUCCUAAAAAUAAAGGUUUGUCUUUAUGAAAAAAAAA